GUGUCAUUCCUCCUGUCCACUACCCCAACUUCUACUCCCAACACUACCACAGCAAUGAGCGGUCUGGUGUGGUGGCUGAGGAUUCUUUUGAAGAGGACAAUGCUUCUGCUUCAUCUGAGCAGAAUUAUCAACAACAAGCUUUUGACGGCUGAGGAUGAAGCCCGAAUCAACCAGGUACAGGCCAGGUCAUUAGCAGCAGGCAUGGCCGCCGUGCCCCGCCAAGCCCGGGUGUUGAACCUGAGACCAAGCCAGAGUGAGGGCAGUGUCAUUCCUCCUGUCCACUACCCCAACUUCUACUCCCAACACUACCACAGCAAUGAGCGGUCUGGUGUGGUGGCUGAGGAUUCUUUUGAAGAGGACAAUGCUUCUGCUUCAUCUGAGCAGAGACCUCCAUUCUUGGAGACUUCAAUGUUCACCACCAGCUUUGGGUUUCCUCUCCCUUCACUGACCAUCAUGGUGAACUAGCCUUCAACUUUGCUAUCCUCCAAUUGGUGCAACACCCUGCUCAUAUCCUUGACCGUUUUAGAGAUGCAUACUAAUCAGUCACUUCCUACACUCAUACCUUAUAUUACUUCCCCCCUGAUCUUACAAAACUAACCCUACAAAACUUUAUCAUCUUUCCUGUACUUUAUUUUUAAACACAUCUAUAUGAUUUCAGUCUCAUAUAUGUAUCAAUUUAUAUCACCUAACCCUAUGUGUCAUCCCAUCCAUCUUCAUACUCAACUUUAUAACAAUAUAGAUAUAUAUUAUUCUGUAUAAACCUUAUCAUAUUAUGUUUUUAUUUAUCUUCAUGAUAGAUUUUUCGAUUUUAAGUUGUCUAUUGUGUUUACUUUAAGUAAUGUACUUUUAAAUUUUUCAUUUGCCUGAAAAGCAUCAAGCUUAUACAUAGGCUGGCCAAUAAUGUAUACCUAUCCAAUAAUGAAAUGUAUAAACCUAGGCUAUAAUAAAGUGUUUAAGUGU